CAAUUCCCACAGUGCUUUGCAAUUCGCUUCCGUGUAAACAUGCGAAGAGGUUUGUUUCCUUGGUGCUUAGCGUGAAGCUUGUUAACGGAUUAUUUAAAAUUCACUUUACUCGUUGUGGACCAGUUCGUCAGGGACUAUAUACAUUUUAGUUAUCCUAAAUAACGUUUUGCAUGUUACUACUUUCGGAUGUCUGCCUGGUGAUUUUACGCUAACUUAACUGUUGCAUAAACUAAGCCGCUGAGUUGAAGUGAACUUUGAAUGAAUCAAAAAUGGCAGACUCAGAUUUAAUCAAAGAAACGCUGUUUUCUUUGGAAGUACUAGUGGAUUUUAUAAAGACUGAUACAUCUACAACAGAAAGAAGAGUGUUGGUGCCUGCAGUGGCUGUUCGUUUGCUAGAUUUCCCAACUUUAUUGAUCUAUCGAAGAGACAAAGAAAACCAGGAAGAUAUUUUUCAGGAGGAUUUGGAAAGGGAAAAAGAAAACGUAACGUCAGACCUUUUUCAUCAUGUUGGGGGAGGAAAUGGCCAGUAUUUCUUUCAGAAGGGCAAGUCAUGUUUGUUUAAAAUGAGCUUGGACUCUCUCCACAGACAUUUGUCCAACACUCCUCUUUACGCAAUGGUGCUGGACUUAAAAAACGAGACGCCAAAGUUAGUUGGGAGUUGCCUUAUUUCUCUGGCGAAACUAACUGAAAAAAUAAGUAAUGAUGUUAAAGAACAUGGCAUUUCAAUGCCUUCUUUCCACGGAGAAAAGGGCGUUUAUAUAAUAAACAAUUUGAUGGGUGAAAAGGUAGGUUACAUUUCGCUGGGAUAUAAACUUUUAAGUUUAGGAGCAAGUUUGAUUCCACAUAUGUCAGAGAAUACAGUUCUGAAAGUUGAGUCAUGGCAAAGCAUGGUUCAGAGUAAAGAAAACACAGAAAACGAUGCCCAUAUUACUGAAGAAAAUAAAUACAGCAAAGGUAAACAUAAAAAUGAGAAUGAGGUUGGGAGAUGUUGUAUACCUCAGACAAAUGAAGGUAGCGUGUUUCUUCAGCAAAUUGAUUUGGAAGGGCAAGUGACACAACUUAUUGUUUCUGAACCAAAUCAAAGUGAGAUAACUUCUGUUGGGACACAGACUGAACCAGCAAUAAGAAAGCAAUACAGGAAUAUAGAAGCUAAAGACAAAAUAGAGUUUUAUAAUGAAACAGGUGUCUUUUGUCCACCAGCCCUGUUUUACAGAUGCCCAGACAAUGAGCCAAAUGAAUAUGAUCCUGAACAGUACAGAUCAAAUAAUGUAGGGGGAGAGGCUCUUGUGGUGGAGGACCUUUGCUCAGAGGAGGAAGAGGAUCUGGAAGACAGAGAUUCACCUGCAGCGAGGCAGGCCUUCAAAUGUUCUCAGGAUAGAUCAAAAGGUAGCGCUGUAGCAGCAACGGCCUUUGAACAAACACAGCCUGCCUCUGCAGCCCUUGGGGAUGCCAUAAGACAACUGCCUUUGCUAAAUGCCCUUCUUGUUGAACUUUCUUUGUUGAACAGUCAGCCUCAGCAAUUGCCUUUAUCUGUUCAUCCUCAUCUUGCCUGGUUGUACAAAUCUGUGGAUGCGCAUUCCCGUAGAGCUACAAAAGACACCAGAUCAAGAUCACAAGCUGAUGCUGCACAUACAUCGCAAACACCAACAGAACAAAGGUCGGCCAGUCCAAGACUUAAACAGCACCAGUCCCCAGUGAAAUCAACUUCUUCAUCCGAUUUACAAAAGGAAACCAGAAAAGUACAAAGAAAAAACAUGAAACAAGAAAAGAAUCAAAAGACAGCUUCUAGUUCUCCCAAAAGAAAAUUGUUGUAUGGGAUAACAAAUACAUUGCGGUUAAGACUGAAGCAAACCAAUCCAGAUAUGUUAAUGUACCACGAGCGCAGAGAAGUGUACAGGAGAAAACAGAUUGAGCUACAGAAAGCGAAGAACUGUAAAGGCUUUCUGUCGAAAAAUAAAAAAGUCACAGAGUCAAACAAAGUAUAUGAUGGAGGUGAGAUGUAUAACAGGAGCAAUCAUUUUGAUGAAAAUGUUCAAACACUGAUGAACAGUGUGGAAUUGGACUCCCCUCGGAUAAUAAAGACAAAUCCCUCUCUGUUUAACAGUUCAGAAGCAGGUAACAGAAAUAAACAAGAAAAAGGCUCCCAGGAAGAGGAGACAGGGUGUUAUGUGAAUGUUCAGCAGCCACAUGAAAGUGUUCCAGCACUAAAUUUAAAAGACAGAACAAAACCAGGACCCAGGCGUAAUGGAAGAGAUGUCAGAGUUCAUAUUCCCAGAGUAUUUAACCAGGAUUCUGACCAAAGCUGUAAUGAAGUGGAAAACUCUGACACAAGCUUCCCACAUGCCAGUCUAAAUAACCCAGGAUUUCAAAGCACAAGUUUAGAUGGUGAAAAUCUGAGCCCUGCUAACAGUGGAUUCAGUAGCCCUGCCCUGAAAUAUUCAGAUGAUUUCAUAGAUAGCCCAGAUCGUGUUGGCUGUUCUGAAGAAUUCACCAGCCCAGAACCUACAAGCAGAUACUCUGUAAAUUUUGAUAGCAGCCCUGACCCAGUUCUGAGAAGUCCAAGACGUAUGUAUUCAGAUGACGACUCCAGCACUGGUAGCAAUUCUGUCAGAAAUCAAAGAGCUACUGCACCUCUUCCAGUUCAAUCAGAUACCUCUCCAGAGCAGUCUCUCAAAAGAACCUAUCCUGUCAUGCAUCACAGAAAGCCAUCGGCAUCCAGUGUAUCUUCAGAAGCCAGUGAAAUUCAGUACUCCUCAAGAGAUACCAAACAUAAACAAGGUGAAAGGAGGAAAUUGGGUUACAUAAAGACUGGAGUCAAGGGAGCGCAGAGGAGUUUGGAUUGUAAAAAUAAGCCAAAUUCAGGAAAGGGACAUAAAGCUGUUGAAGAAAGCCAUUCACUUCAAACGUCUCAAGUGAGCUCAUAUUUACCAACUAAUGACUCUGAUCUUGAUUUCAGCGGACACAAGGUCAGUACACCCGACCUACAUGAGGAAGUUGAAGAGAGAGAUGGACUGGGUACGCUUGAGAUGGUUAAUAAAUACCAUCACAUCUCAGAGCUAGUAGGAAAUAAGCUUCCUGGAUAUACAUUAUGAAAGGGUUCUGUGUGUAAAGCUUGGACAUAUUUCAACCCAUUCCUUUAACCCAAUGCAAAAAAAGAAAGAAAGAACUGUGCUGGUUGUUUUCAUAGUUUCAUAGCACCUGGAGUACUUUUUCUUUUGUUAUUGCAAGAUAAACUACAAUACAGUAAAUUAAAACAUGAUAAAACGCAUAAUUUUGAGUCAGUGUGUAUAAUAAUGCCCUUUUCCAAAACUAUUUAAAAAGUAUAUUCCAUCAUCUGGAAAAAAUAUAUUUAUAUUCAGUGUUUUAAUGUAAUAUAAAGAACAAAACAACAAAGAUUGUUGUAUGAGGCAGUUGGUGUUUAUGUGAAUGUCAUUUGAUUUAAAAAAAAAAAAAAAAAAAGAUGAAAGAAUAAUGUUCAUGAAUAACAAUUUGAAUAACAUUCUACGUGUGAUACAAUGCUGUGGCAGUUACUGGAUGUAUGUACAAAGUAGUAACACAAAUGUUGUACACAUUUAGUGGGCUGUUGGUCAUGUGGCGGAUUCAUUUUUAUGUAGUGCAAUCAUUUACAACAUGUAGUUAUGUAAAAGCAGCAUCUUCUUGUUACAAGUCAGUUUUCGUUAUAAUGGGCAAAACAGCAGACCUGGUAAAAGGCAGAUAUGUGCUUGGUUGGCAGGUAUUUUUAUAUGCAAGACUGCACAAGUGAUUGAACUUUUAUUGGAAAUCAAUUAUAAUACCUGUCAAGCUUAUCAGAUUGAAUCAGUGCCACCCUGGUAGCCCACUGAUUUUGUACACACGAAACACAGAAAAUCAGUGGGCUUCCAGAGAUCUAACUAAACAUCGACGUUGUCAAUAAGGGCUCAAUACUGCCCCGGAAUAUUGCUGAAAAAUAUAAAAUCGGAAUGCUUCCACAACAUGAAAAGCAAGUGCGUUAAAGUAAAAUUUGAGGUAUUACGAUUCCAUUUUCCACUUGUGUGAAAAUAUGUUUUUGAAAGAGUGCUUUUUAUGAAAAAGGGCCAUUUUAGGUGGAAUUGUGAGGUUUGAUACAACAUUGCCAACUUGAAGUACCAAAUUAAACUUUUUGUUAAUGCAUAACACAAUAAUCAUGCCUGGUGGCAGUUUGGGUUAAAUCAAAGGUGGGGAUCAAUGUCAUCAUAGGCAACAUUGUAUAAUAUUCCUAUUAGGAUGUUCUCUGCUAAUUUUUUAUAUAUAUAUAUAUAUAUAUAUAUAUAUAUAAUAUAUAUGGAUGAAGGCUAUAUUUGCAUCCAGAGCCAUUCGGGAAAAAAGGCAUAAUAGCACAGUAUUGAUGUCAAAUUAUUAUAAUUCCUCUAGAGGGAAAUAUACUUGAACUUUGACCUAUUCGACUCCUCAUGACCACUUUCAAUUCAAACACAGAAUGUCUAAUUUUCAAUCACUCGACACCCACAGUAGAGAAAUAUUCAUUAAUGAGAAUACGUUAAAAAAAUACAAAAUUUGAUGUAAAGCUGGUAUAUUCGUAUCUCAGAGAAACGAGAGGAACGGGAAAUUAAAGACAUUCCUGUCAAUGACUUUCACAAUUUCAAUCACCUGACAACACACACAAUUAGUGUUUUUUAGGCACUUUUAACAAAUCUGUCUCUGAGGAUUUACAAUCGUCCUUCAUUAACAGGAGCACCAACCAAGCGAGCGACAUAAAUCUUCGACUCUGACAGCGAAAAAAAAAAAAGCAUACCCCAUUGAAACACGUUUUCCUUAAAAAAAAUACGUUAUUUUGGGCAUUUCAUUAUCUACCCAGUUUAAUUCACCGUUCCUGAAUUAUCAAAAAGAAAAUUAUAUUUAAGAUUCUUUAAUACUGACUUAAUGUACAUUAUUAUUAUUAUUCAUUAAAUUCACUUGCAAUUUGAACCUUACACCUAUUUAUUGACUUUUUUAUUACAGAUCUUAAUAUGCAUGUAUUAUAAAAAAUUAUAGAUGGGCUUCAGUGAGUUAAAGGAAAUUAAUUCCAUCUCGGGUUUCUGUGGCAAUUUAUAAAUUACUCGCUCCAACGGUCUCGUAGUUUAUGACGUCACAUAAACCCUGGAUGGAAUUAUUUUCCUGUAACUCACUGAAGCCCAUCUAUUAUUCUAUAUUUAACCUCAAAAGAUUUAUUUCUUAUAAAUCCUUACUUAUAUUGAAAAAAUGAAAGUGUAUUUUUUUUUACCCAGAAUAAAUCUUAUUUAGCAAGCUGGAAACCACUUUUUUUGCAUGCAAAAUGGAUUAUAUGUGAUAAUAUAUUCUUGACAGUCCAUGCUAUCUGAUAUUACAUGUACGGUAAGGAUACAAUUCUUUAAGAUUGAUUUGUGGAUGAUUGCAUUAUAUGUUACAUCUCUGUUGUUCUGUGUUGUGUAAUAAUUUUGUAAAAUGAAUACCAGACAAUACAAUUAAACAAUAAAACUGGUUAUGUUUCCCUGG